UGAGCAUUAAACAAGAGAUCAUGUCAAGAUCACAACAAGAAGAUGAUAAAACUGUGAUUAGAGCCUUUGGAUGGGCAGCCAUGGAUUCUUCAGGAAUCCUUUCCCCAUUCCACUUCACAAGAAGGAUAAAUGGAGAUCACGAUGUCACUAUAAGAAUACUCUACUGUGGAAUAUGUGCUACAGACUUGCAAAUGACUCGAAAUCAUCAUGGAAUCUCUAUGUAUCCUAUGGUUCCGGGACACGAGAUUGUAGGUAUAGUGAGUCAAGUUGGAAACAAAGUGACAAAAUUCAAGCCCGGGCAUAAAGCAGCAGUUGGCUGCCUCGUUAGUUCAUGUCUUAACUGCCAUAACUGUCACAAAGACCUCGAAAAUUACUGCCCUAAGCCCGUUCACACUUACACCCUCUUCAAAUCCGAGAAUUCCAAGAACUACGGGGGCUUUUCCGACAUUUUGGUCGUAGACGAGCGUUUUGCAAUCCAAUUUCCCGAUACACUCUCUUUAUCCGGAGGAGCUCCAUUGCUUUGCGCCGGCAUAACCGUCUACAGUCCAAUGAAAUAUUAUGGGCUUUAUAAGCCCGAACAACAUUUGGGCGUUGUUGGUCUUGGUGGAUUGGGCCAUUUGGCAGUCAAAUUCGCUAAGGCUUUCGGAAUGAAAGUGACAGUUAUUAGCACUUCCAUAAAUAAAAGAGACGAAGCUGUGAAUCGACUUGGAGCCGACUCGUUUGUUGUGAGCCAUGACAUAGAGCAAAUGGAGGCUACCAAAGGGACAUUGGAUGGUAUAAUUGACACGGUUCCAGCCCCGCAUGAUAUCAACCGUCUGAUUAAUCUUCUAAACUUGGAUGGAAAACUGAUUCUUCUAACUGUACCAGAUUUGGAGAAGUCAGUUGAAUUGUCUAUUUUGCCCCUACUCCAUGGGAGAAAGAUGGUGGGAGGAAGUGUGACUGGAGGAAUGAAAGAGACACAAGAGAUGAUAAAUUUUGCAGCAGAUCACAAUAUCGUCAGCGACGUAGAAAUCGUGUCGAUGAAAUAUGUAAACACAGCCAUGGACAGGCUUGCGGCUGGAGAUGUUCGCUACCGCUUUGUCAUUGACAUUGCCGCCACUUUGACGGAUUAGCGUUUUCAAAUAUAGAUGUAACAAUAUU